AUGGCCUCCAUGAGCAUGAGCUCCCUCGCCUUCGCCACCGCGGGCACACGUGCCGGCGCCUUCCCGGUACGGCUCCCGGCGUCUGCGCUCGCGCUCGCGCCGCGCCGCCGCGCCUUGGUCGUGAGGGAGCAGAGCGAGGACGCUGAACCAACGGAGGAGACGACGACUGCGGCCACCACCUCCUCGUCACCUUCUCCGGCGGCCACUACCCCGACGCCCAAGCCCAAGGCAAAGGCGACGAUCCCCGGGAUGUGGGACACGCUGGCGUUCCACGGGCAGGCUCCGGAGCGCAUCAAUGGCCGGCUCGCCAUGGUGGGCUUCGUGUCCGCGCUCGCCGUCGAGGCGUCCCGCGGCGGGAGCCUCCUCUCGUAG